AUGGCUGCUCAAAAGUCUUUCAGAGUCAAACAAAAAUUGGCCAAGGCCAAGAACCAAAACAGACCAUUGCCACAAUGGGUCAGAUUAAAGACUGGUAACACUAUCCGUUACAAUGCUAAGAGAAGACACUGGAGAAGAACGAAGUUGGGUAUUUAA